GAUGAUAUGAUUUAUCUAAUUAAACACUAGCAACAAAAAGUAAACUUUUUUUAAUUUUAAUUAGUUAGCUUAGGACUUUGGACUUGUAAACUUGUAGUUAAACAAAGAAAAUAAAUUUUUCUUUUUUAACAUGGCUUUAAAUGGCAUUAAAGUUGUGGAAAUGCUGGGAUUGGCUCCCGGCCCUUUUUGUGGAACUGUAUUAGCUGAUUUUGGAGCAACUGUCACAGUUGUACAAAAGAUCGAAGUCACAACGUUGGAUGUUUUGUCGAAUGGGAAGAAAGCCAUUUCUUUGAACUUGAAAUGUCCAAAAGGUAAACAAGUAUUUAAAAAAUUAAUGGAAUCUUCAGAUGUUUUAAUUGAUACAUAUCGACCAGGUGUUUUAGAAAAAUUGGGUCUCGGCCCACAAGAUUUAAUGAAAAAAAAUCCAAAAUUAAUAUAUGCAAGAUUAACAGGAUAUGGGCAAACUGGUUUUUACAAGGAUAAAGCUGGUCAUGAUUUGAAUUAUGUUGCCAUGUCAGGUGUCCUCUCAAUGCUCGGCAAGGAUGGACAACCACCUAGAGCUCCAAUAAAUAUACUAGCAGAUUUAGCUGGUGGUAGCCUGUCUUGUGUUCUUGGUAUAAUUUUGGCAUUGUUUGAGAGAAGUAACUCAGGAAAGGGACAAAUUAUUGAUGCAAGCAUGACAGAAGGAGCUGCAUAUGUUGCAAAUUGGAUUUUUAAAUCCAAAAAUUUGCCAAUUUGGAUGGGGGAACCAGGAACUAGCAUUUUGGAUGGUGGAUACCCCAGUUACCAAACUUAUAAGACCAAGGAUAACAAAUUCAUAGCAGUAGCCGCUUUGGAAGAAAAGUUCCAUUUAAUGUUUCUAAAAGGACUUAACAUUUCAGAAGAAGACUACGCAGUGUGGGAAAAAAAUGAAUGUGAAAAGAAAUUUAAAGAAAUAUUUUUAACUAAGACGCAACAGGAAUGGUGCAACAUCUUUAAAGAAUUGGAUGCCUGCGUCACUCCUGUAUUAGAUUUAAAAAAUGUAAAAAACCAUGACCUGCAUGUGUCACGAAAGUCAUUCUAUGUAGAUGAAAAUAAUUUAGUAGCUCCAGAACCAGCUCCUCGAUUAUCAAGAACACCGGGUUCAGCCAGUGGUAAGUUACCAUCGGUGAAACCAGGUCAACAUACAAUAGAAAUACUGACAUCAUUAGGGUAUAAAAAAUCAGAAAUACAAGAACUUAUUAACAACAAUAGUGUCUAUGCCUAUAAAAAAUCGAAUUUAUAAGGGCUGACAUUUUUUAUGCCUUGGCUUCAGGACUUUUUUUAAUUAUUAUAUCACUUAUUUGAUCUCUUAUAUUAAUUAAUGUUGGUGCUAUGUUCUGUGGUAAAUGGCUGUCUAGUAUUAGAGGGUGGUUUAAAAGACAUUUUAUUAUUUUAAAUAUGAUUAAUAAAUCAUUAUCAAUAUGGUUUUUUCCAAUAUUAUACAUAUCAAAAACUA